AGGCGCUCGGCGGCCCGGGGAGGCUGCCUGGCUCCCUCCCUCCUUCCCGCCCUCCCCCGGCCGGGGGCCACACCAGCCCUUCCCGGCCGCCAACACGAGCAGGGGCGGCUCGCCCGGCCUGCUCGGCGGGCCCCAGACAAAGGAAGGAAGGAAGCGAGGACGAACCGGGGCGAGGAGGCGACGGCAGCCCGGCUCCCCCCGGCGAGCGCGGCCGCCGCAUCCGUGUGCGCUCAGCCGGGGCCAACUCCGGCGGCGGGUGAAGUGACCCGGAGGGCACCGAGCGAGGCCGGCGAGCCAGAGGGAAGAGGAGGGAGAAGCGGCGGCGGGAGGAGGAGAGAGGAGCGGGGCCGGUGGCUCACCAGGAUCCGCUUGAAGAGGUGGUGGAAAAAUAAGAAACAAAAUGAAACCUUUCCAAAAGGUCUACCUUUUCAAGAGCUUGCUUGCCAAUUGCUGCUGUCACAGCCAACUUGACAGCUGUCUUCUCCCUCAUGUUGCAAAGAAGAUAGGCUGCAUGGUGGGACUGCACAACCAUGGAUUUUGGAGGCCAAAGCCUUUAUUGGACACAGCUAGAUUCACUCUGUCUUUUAACAGUUGGCACAGGAAAAGCCAUCAGGAUUCUCAAGCUUUGUGGAAGCAUGAGGCUGUGCAGAAAUAUCUGGAGUCUCUCAGCAAGGAAUACCAGCAGGUUAGUCAUCAGUUAAGUGCACACUCAUUAAAUGACUUUGAGCAAAGAACCCUGAGGAGAAGAUGUGCCGAUCUGUCCCCCAUUGCAGCUGCGUUUCAAGAAAUCAAAGAGGCUGAAAGAGAAGUUCAGGAGUUAGAAGCGAUGUGCACAGAACUAGACAGCAGAGAUGAGAAACAACUUCUACACCUUGCCUUAGAAGAGAAGGAAAGCCUGGAUAAAAAAAUGAACAUGUUGUGCAGAAAGCUUUUCCAGCUUCUAGUGCCAAAGGAAAAAUAUGAUAGAAGUCCUGUCAUAUUAGAAGUGACAGCUGGCAGAACAACUGGAGGGGAUAUCUGCCAACAGUUCACUAAAGAAAUGUUUGACAUGUACCAGAGCUAUGCUGACUACAAACGUUGGACCUUUGACAUCGUGAACUAUACGCCGGCUGAGAUAGGAGGCUUGCAUCAUGCUGCUGCUCAUAUUUCAGGAGAGAAUGUCUAUAGGCAUCUGAAAUAUGAAGGAGGGACUCACCGAGUCCAGCGAAUCCCUGAGACAGGCAUGUCAUCAAGAAUGCAGCGUAUUCACACUGGGACAAUGUCAGUCAUUGUUCUCCCUCAGCCAGAGGAGGUUGAUAUUAAAGUGGAUCCCAAAGAUUUGCGUAUAGAUACGUUCAGAGCCAAAGGAGCAGGAGGGCAACACGUUAACAAAACUGAUAGUGCUGUGAGGAUUGUGCACCUUCCUACAGGACUGGCAGUUGAGUGCCAGCAGGAGCGGUCACAGCAGCUGAACAAGGAAAUAGCUCUGCGGACACUGAGAGCUAAGCUGUACCAGCAGGUCGUUGAAAAGCAGCUCAGUCAAGAGCAGAGCGCCAGGAAGCAGCAGUUGGGAACAAGAGCCCAGUCAGAGAGAAUUCGUACUUACAACUUCACCCAGGACAGAGUGACUGACCACAGGAUCUCAUAUGAUGCACGCAAUAUUAAGGAAAUUUUAAGUGGGAAAGAAGCACUGGAUAAGCUCAUCAACAGACUAUUGGAGUUUGCAGAGAUAGAGGCUGUCACCCAGUAUCUAGAAAAUUUGCAGGCUUUAGAAGGAGGAGGCUGAAGACCUCAAGUAGAAUUAAAACUGAAUUGUUGUGUUUGGUAGCUGAAUAAAACAGAUGUGUUUCUUAUAUUAUUAAAACCUGUAUCUCUGUUUUUCAA